GGCUCGAAGGCCCUGGGCCUGCCUGGCACGCGUGCACGCACGUCGGGGUGACGCCGGCGGGCCUCCGGUGAGCCCCGCGCGCGGCGCCGCGCGGAGGCGCUGCGCGGAGGCGCCGCGCCGCUCGCGCGGCCCGUCGCCCGCGCGCCGCAGCCCGCGGCGCACCGCGGCCCGCGCGCGGCCCUCAGGGCCCGAGCGGGGGAGGGCGGCGCUCGCGCUGGCGGCGCACGCCUUCUUGUUGCCCCCGUGGAAAUGGACCGCCCACUGCAGCGCCGCCGCCGGCGGGCGCAGCGCCCGCGCCGCGCACCAGCGAUCUGCCUGGUCCGCCCACUGCUGGGAAAUUCUGUUGCCCCACAGCUCCCAGGAGGGAAGGGGGGAAGGAGGAGGGGAAGAGGGGAAGAGUGGGGGAGGGAGGGAGAGAGGGAAGCAGGGAGGCAGGGAGGGAGGGAGAAGGGAGGGAGGGAGGGAGGAAGGGAAACGCGAGUUGCAGGAGGGAAGGAGGCAAGAGGAAAGAGGGAAGAGGGAAGAAGACUCCCACCAUCCCCACUGACCUUCAGGAAUGACGCUCACCGGGGACCAUCAGCAGAGGACGCUGUGCGGUGACGUUCAGCACGCUUCCCCCGAAGGCGCCGACGCAUCACCCAGGUGCAUGCCGCAGCUCAAGCAAGGGCGGCUACGUGGCAGCCAUGGAUGCUUACAUACGGCCGGCCCUGGAAGCCCUGGAUCAAAAAAUGCGAAUAUCCCGCUUUAUGUUCCGCCGCGAGAAACAUUC